AUGUCGAGCAAGUCUUGGUACGCCCUCAAAUCCAAGGCUGUGCACACCCGAUAUGGCUUGACCAAAAACAUCCAGGUCCUCCUUCAAGGCCUGGAAAGCUUUCACGCCGGCAUCAUCGAUGCGAGAGAGCUGGGGAGCAUGGUCCGAUUAAGUCCCAAACGCCGGGAAUCUGUCGCCGCAACUAUAGCCAAAUGUGCUCGUAUGAUCAACAAAGAGCCUCAGGAGUCCAAGACCUGCGUCGACAUCAUAGAGAUGUGUACUGAAAUCCUCGAGGUUGCUGAUCGUCCACCGCCUAUCGAGGGCUUCCCUUUCAUGAGACUACCUGCCGAGAUACGCGAGCACAUUGUCGAUUUGAUGGUCGAUGCCGUCUAUAAAGGAAAGGCAAUCAAACCUGGCACACGAAAAGUGAACUGCAAUUGCCCAAAGAUCGAACGCGAGUAUGAGCCGUAUCAGUCUCCCCAGAUGAAGGCUUUACCAUCCAUUCUUGGUCCAGCACUCAACCACGAAUUCUUUCGUAUCUUCUUUCGUAAAAAGACCGUUCGUUUUCGCUGCUGCUGCGAGUUGCUGCAUCAUCUCGACCACAACCCCCUGCUCGUACAGAACGUUCGGGACAUCAAAGUUCACUGGUGUGGACCGAUGUCAGCAGAUACCUUCAAGAAACUUGCUGAGUGCGACAAGCUCGAGGCCCUGACAAUCAGCAUUUCCAAAUCCACUCUCGCGCAUCUCAGUCCACGAUCCAAUUUGAUGAAGACCUUCUUUCCCCUCACCUACCGUCACGUCAGAGUCACAGACGUUCUCGGGCUGGACGAGCUUUUGCAAAUACGGGGUUUGAAAGAGGUUCGGGUUGUUCAUGCUCAGACCAAGAGCACCAACCUGACCGUCGAAAUGGACAGAGCCAAUCUGUCUGAGCUAUUGGCCGAUCAACUCAAGAAAGACAAGGGUUACAACCCCCUUGACGAUUUCUAG